ACGGCUUCCGCUCCAAUAAAAUUUAGAUUCCACAAAGCGACUACUGGAAGGAACCUUUUGUUAUAUCUGUGAUUCAUCUGUCGAUAAUAUCACCGCCUUCGAAGACCUGCGCCCGUCAUCAAAAUGGGUUUAAUUCUAUCCUUACAUUUAAAACCUAAUUAUGCGCGAUGUGACGAGAUAAAUUCAGCUUAAUUGUAUCAUGUCAUGAUGAUAUCAAUAUGGCUGGUAUAUGUUAUUUUCGCCCUUGUCCUAAAUAUGGUCAUAUCUGAUGAUGAUGUCACAAUCCUGAAUAAUGUGAAGUACGUACACGGGUUUAAGUUACGUACUGGAGUGUUCCGUGUGUUUGAUAACUCGUCUUAUACUGGAUGUGUUAGAGAAUGUCUACUUCGCCGACACUGCUUAGCGAUAACGUAUCACCUUACAGGUCUCUACUGCCACCUAGGGAGCCAGGCCAAUGACCUUGAAAGGGUCAGUGAUAACAAGAUGAUAUCCAGCCACCCGACAGAGUGGGAUCCACCCAAGGGUAUGGUGGGCAAUUGCUCCGAAAAGCCUUGUGGAGUAGGUGAGAGGUGUACCCGACUCUCCUCCGGUAAUAUCGUGUGUGUUAACACGGAAUGUAUUGAUCCACCGGGAAAAUCCUUCACAACUACAUCCAGUUUACGAGAAAUUGGCAUUACUAUUAGUUAUGAAUUAUUUACCAACUUUACGUUCAAACCUGUCAUAUCUGGGAAUCCAAAUAUCACGUGUAAGACCAAUGGCACGUGGACAAGUUCCGACUUCACAGUAAAAUUACUACCAGAAUGCCCGUCUGAUUUCCAAAUGGUAGCCGACACCUAUUGUAUCCUGCUCGUGACGGACAAAAGAUUGAACCCCGUCAAAGGUGAAACGUACUGUCAGACAAAGGGGAGCCGUCUAAUCUGGAUGACAAGUGUGGAUAAAUUUGACGCCAUCGUAUCUGUCAUUGAAACUGGCAGAUAUUUUUUGGCGGGAACGGAUACGGAAGUUGAAGGCACGUGGAGAUUACCUGACGGGGAGCACAUGACAUGGCUUCACAGUCGAGCAGAGAGGAUAGACACUAAAAACGAAGACUGUCUUACUUAUGAUGACCGUUACGGGAAACUGAGAGAUUACCCAUGUACUGCCUCGCAAUUAUUCAUAUGUGAAAUUCCAUAGUCUGGUGGUGUCAAAUGAAAUUCCAUAGUCUGAUGGUGUCAAAUGAAAUUUGCUUGACGAUAGUAAAGCUUCCAAAGUUCAUUUUUACCACAUCCUUUGCUUUCUACUGUGUACAAUGUUAUCAAUAGCAUGUAAGGUAUCAAUGGCUACAAUACAAAAUUGUUUUUACGAAAUGGCCUUGUUGUACGGGGUUUAACCUCCUCGUAACAGUCAGUGUCAUACGAGGAGACACCAUCAGUCAAGGGCUAAAUGAGGAGACACCAGCAGUGAGGAUCAUACGAGGAAACACCAUCAGUCAGGGCUAAAUGAGGAAACAUCAGC